AUGAGGGGGAUCCUCCUCGGGCGCCGGCGGCAGCCGCCGCCGCUCCCCCUCUUCCCCGCCGCCAAGCGCUCCUCCGCAUCCGCGAACCACCUUUUCGCCCGCCUCUGCCGCUUCCUCCCGGCCAGCCCCAUCCUCCGGCUCCUCCUCCUCCUCGCGCUCCUCGCCCUCGUCCCACCGGCCUUCUUCCACCUCCGUCUCCGCCGUUUCCACCGCAUGCGCGAGAGGAAGUGCGGGUGGGUCGUGAGCCCACCCAUGGUGUGCGCGCACGGCGGUGACUCCACCAACGCCUUCCCCAACUCGAUGGACGCAUUUCGGAUGGCUCUGGACGCCCGGGUCGACUGUGUGGAGGUGGAUGUUUCAAGGUCCUCUGACGGUGUGCUGUUUGCUCUGCAUGACAGGGAUCUACAAAAGAUGUCUGGUAAUUCUACAGCAAAAGUUGGCCACUGGACCACAGACGAGAUAAAAGCACUAAGUACAAGGUUUCAGUUGUCAAAAAGAGUCCAAAAUGAGGAAGUUCCCAAGGCAGAAGAUGCUCUGGCGAUGAUAUCACAAUCAGUUAGGCAGGUCAUUCUUGAUGUGAAAGUUGGACCCCCUUCAUUUGAGAAAGGUUUAGCUGAGGAUGUAUUGUCCCUUCUUAGGAGAACAGAUUGCAAGAAUUGUCUUGUUUGGGCAAAAAGUGAUGACCUAGGAAGAGAUAUAAUUAAGUUGUCUAAAGAUGUUAUUGUUGGCUAUAUUGUUAUGGUGGAUAAAUCUACCAACAGAAGAACUGAGUUAGUGAGGAUUGAAGGGGCUAAAGUUGCUGGCGUAUAUCAUCCUUUGAUCCAUGAGAAGGUCAUGAAGGUCAUGCGCAGCCAUGACAGGAGAGUUUUUGCAUGGACUGUUGAUGAUAGCAGCUCCAUGAAGAAGAUGCUGUAUGAGCAUGUUGAUGCCAUUGUGACCAGUAACCCCUCUCUCCUGCAGCAGCUUAUGCAGGAGAUGAGAAUUGAGUGCAUGGAAGAUGGUUUUGCCUUACCAUAG